AUGCCAGAGGUCGAAGAGCUCAGAGAGCUGCUUGACGGACUACUCGGUCUCGUGCUGACCCCGUUAGAUGAAGGCCCCACAGCCAACGUGAGGCUGCUGCUGAGAACUGAAGAGGACGAGAGUCUCGAGACACUCGAAAAGUUUGGAACUAUCGAGCUUGACAAGCUCGAUGAAGCAACGACGCUUGUGCUGCUGAAAGUGGUAUUUGCCAAGACUGCAGAAGACAGCAAGGUAGUGUUCAAGGUAAAGGUAGAUGUACUGGAAGGUGGGAUAGUGGCGACAACACCUGUUGAGCUAGAUAAUGCCGAGGAUGUACCACUGCUGCUUGAGCUUAUAGAAGAGUUGAAAAUCGGAAAGAGAGAUGCAGUCGGUGCAAUAGCUGAUACCAUACCCGUAGAAGAACUCCACGUAAAAUUGGAUCCCGGUGUCAUUGGAGCACCAAGAGUUGUGCUCAAAUCAGCUGCUGGUACAGUAGAGCUGGCCGUUGGGGGUGUGACACCCGCAGAGCUAGAUGCAGUACUAGUGAGCGAGCUGAUCAGAAGGCUCGAUGACAUUUCACUCGGACCUGUCGCAGUCAAGCUUGUUGAAGACGGACUUCCAGGCGAAGAAAAGUAG